AGCGAGGUACUAAUAGCAUGCCAGUGUCAACAAGGUCUCAGAUCAUCAACAACCCAGGACAGAAUGAGCCAAAUCAAGACAACAGAACCAGACCCAAGACAGAUCAAGAAGAGACCCACAUGGCUCACCCAUUGAGAAACCCACACCAUGGACUGAAAGAGAAAAUGAAAGCUUUGACCCUCUUGUAUGAGCAGCAAAAACAAGCCUCUGCUUCUGUCAAGGACCCUUCUUUCAAAUCCGAAGAGUCAAGAUUUUCAACUCAUCCGAGCAUAGACCUUCUUAGUUCUGGCAAAAGAGCAGAAUCAAAACCCAAAGAAUCAAAACCCAUAAGCCAUGUGAUGAGAGAGAACAUAAUGCCUAGUUCCACAGUGACAAGGACUUAUGUGUUGCCACAACCACCAGUGGUGGAGGAUGCUAAGGAGAACGUGGCCGUGGGCGGUGGUGAUCGGAUUGUUGGGUUUUCAUGUCCAAGAAAGGCUAAUAUGUCGAGUACUGUGGCGAGAAAGCUCUCAAUGGGAAGCUCAGUAGUGCCACAGACAGAGCCAAGAGAGAUUGGAGGGACUAACAAGGAGAAUGUGCAAGAAUUGGAUACUAUUUCAGAGAAACCGGGUGUUGGUAAUAGAAUUCUUGUUUUUGUGAGGCUUAGGCCUAUGGCCAAGAAGGAGAGAGAAGCUGGAUCAAGAUGUUGUGUUCGGAUUGUCAACAGGGGUGAUGUUUACUUGACUGAAUUCGCGAGUGAGCACGAUUAUCUGAGGCUAAAGAGGCUUCGUGGGCGGCAUUUUACCUUUGAUGCUUCAUUUCCUGAUUCCACCUCUCAACAGGAAGUCUAUUCCAUGACAACUGCAGAGCUUGUGGAAGCAGUUUUGCAAGGAAGGAAUGGGUCAGUCUUCUGCUAUGGUGCCACGGGAGCUGGGAAGACAUAUACGAUGCUUGGUACUGUGGAGAAUCCAGGGGUUAUGGUAUUGGCUAUAAAGGAUCUUUUCAACAAAGUUAGGCAGAGAAGCUUUGAUGGAAACCAUGUGGUUCAUUUAUCCUAUCUUGAGGUCUAUAACGAAACUGUCAGAGACUUGAUUUCCCCUGGCAGGCCUCUAGUACUUAGAGAAGAUAAACAGGGGAUCGUGGCAGCAGGUCUUACUCAAUACAGAGCUUAUUCUACAGAUGAAGUAAUGGCAUUACUUCAACAAGGAAAUCAAAAUCGGACAACUGAACCAACUCGUGCCAAUGAGACUUCUUCACGUUCCCAUGCUAUUUUGCAGGUUGCGGUUGAAUAUCAAGUCAAAGAUGAGUCGAACAAUGUUGUCAAUCGAGUGGGAAAGCUGUCACUUAUUGACCUUGCUGGUUCAGAGAGAGCUCUUGCUACAGAUCAGAGAACACUUAGAUCACUUGAGGGGGCUAACAUUAAUAGGUCACUCCUUGCACUGAGCAGCUGUAUUAAUGCCCUUGUUGAAGGCAAAAAACAUAUCCCUUACCGUAAUUCGAAACUCACUCAACUGCUAAAGGACUCUCUAGGGGGAGCUUGUAACACUGUAAUGAUUGCCAAUAUCAGCCCAAGCAAUCUCUCAUUUGGCGAAACCCAAAACACCCUUCAUUGGGCUGAUCGAGCAAAAGAGAUCCGAACCAAGGCAUGUCAUGCAAACGAGGAAACAAUGCAAAUACCCCAAUCUGAAACAGAACAAGCUAAGCUAUUACUUGAGUUGCAGAAAGAGAAUCGUGAUUUGAGAAUACAAUUGGCUCGCCAGCAACAAAAGCUUUUAAGUUUCCAAGCAAAUGCCUUGACAGCAAAUGCCUCACCAGCACCUUCAACAGUUUCCUCUGUCUUAUCUCCUCCUCCAUCUUCUGGCCUGCCAAAAGAUAAACGAAAGCCUAGAUCCACCUUCUUGGCUGGGAAUUGUUUCACACCAGAAACAAAGAAAAAAGGUGCAGAAGAGACAGGUAAAGGGCUCAGGCAGACCGUGAAAGCAUUGGAGGCAGAAAUUGAGAAAAUGAAGAAGGAACAUGCAUCACAGAUAAAGCAGAAGGACGAUUUUAUUCGUGAACUUUCACGAAAAGUUUCCAAAGUAGCAGGAGUGGAAGGGGAAGGGUUGAAGAGGGUUGUCACCAGGGCGAGCUUGCGGCCAAAGGAGCCACUUGGGGCUGAGUUGAAGAGCCCAAGUCAUCGGUUCUUGUCUCCUGCACCCACAGCUAAAAAACGGAGCUUUUGGGAUAUAACAACAGUUAACAGCCCAUCAAUUGCCACAUUAAAUGGAAGAAAAACCAGAAGCCAUGUUGCUAAUGAACCUGCAGCAGCUCCCUCCAUGCUUCUUCAGCCAGGUUUUGCUCGUCAAAGGGCCUGAACGUUGAAGCAAUUAAAGAGGAAGUGAAGAAAGCAUAGAGUUUAAACCAGAAGCGAUGGGAACAAAACGUGGUGCCUGCUCACGGCUUUUCUUCCUUGCGACAUUCUCUCUGCUCUGGCUGGUCGAUUGACUGGAAGAAAGACUUAACUUGGUUAGUGGUAUCCUGUUUUCACUGAAUUUGUUUCAUAUAAUUAACCAUGCCCAUAUAGGGAGAUUGUGUAGCGUCUUAUAUCAUUCAAUUAUAUUUUGAUGUAGACGAUAUUCUCAGCAGCAUGUAGAUCCCAUGAGCUAAUCUUUCUAACAGAGUUUAAUUCCCAAUUGUUGGGCCGAUUUGAGAACACAUGAUGAUUGAAGCUGUAUUAUUUCAUUUGUUUUGUUUUUUCUAUCCCAGCAUUUAACAGUCUUCUCUCUCUCUCUCUAACUAUUGAACCAAGGGUGAUUCUAUAUAGAAG